AUGAUAUCGACACCAGUAUCUUUAAACAAUCAAACUGAUAAAGUGGAUGAAGUGGAAAUUAAUAUAACAGAUUAUGAUGAAAAUUUAAAAUCAGAUGAUGCUGGUGAAAAUGUAAUUGAUAGAAUUAUAUUUGGUGUUAUCAUAUUUUUGAGAAACCUAUUUCCAAGUAGUAUGGAGGCAAAUGAAAUUUUCAAUACAACUCUGAGUGUAUAA